AUGAGGGCAAUCACUGUGGUGCAGCUUGUCAGAGCUUUACCUUACAUUGUUACUGUCUGUAACUGCUGUUCUGCUCAGAGAGGGCAGCAAAGGACUGCAGAUCUUUUGGAAUCCAAAAGGAGUUCAGCUCUGCGAUAUCUGGGGAYUUAUCUUUUUCAUCCUUUCAAUACCUUGGUACUUUGGCUUUUACUGCUGACAGUAAGAAGUUCAGUUAAUAGAGAAAAACCUGAAAAGAAAAUUAAUUCCUGCCCAGGAAUUCAGUGCAGUGCUCCUGCAGUCAGUGUCUUACCWGGCAGAGAUGGUCCCAAAGGUGCAAAGAGAGAGCCAGGGGCCACCUCUCAAAACCAGAAAUCAUGCUUGCUAGAGUUGCCUAUUAAUCUGAUGGUCAUAACUCAAUUGCUACAUACUCUCUGUGCCCCAACAGCAGAAUUCCCCCAAGGUAUGAUUUUUCAGGUAACCUUUUCCAUGCACUGCUGCAAACAGCAAAUAGAUCCAAGCUUCCCUGGAAAAGUGGGACCUUCAAGAAUAAAUGGAACUUUAGGACCACAAGGACAGAGAGGAAUAAAACUCCCAGUUGUGGUAACUGACGACUUGCAGAGAAAGUGGCUACUUGCAAAAAAAGUACAGGUUUUGGAGGCUGAAUUAAAUAAACACAAAAAAGGUAAGGUCCAACUGUUGAUAAGUUCAGUUUUCGGCCUGCUUUGCAUUWAAAGAACAUCAGGAGUAUUGUUAAAAACAACAUUUGUCUCAACUGGAAAAGAAGGAAAAUCCCUUUGAGCAAAAGUUGGAAGUGCACUUGCGUUUUCUAGGAAUGAAGCUCAGAACACAGCUUUACAAGAGUUUGUAACACCUUCAAAACAGGCUUGUGUGGGGAUAUCUGAAGAACAGACUGGAGGCAGGUUCAUGCAUCUGAAUGAAAGUACUUAGAAGAACUGAAAUGAUGGAGAGCCAAAUAAUCUAAAAAAAUAAGAUUGUGCAGUAAUACAGGACUCUGGGAAAAUUGAAUUACAUUAAUUGCUCAUGAAUUCUUGAGUCAAUGAAAUUAGGAAAACCCGAAGUUUGUUCCCAUAAAGGAACAAUAUAUAUAUAUAUAUAUAUAUCAGUUUGUUCCCAUAAAGGUGGUCUGGAAUAAUCAGAA